UUUUGACCGAGAUGCUCUUGUGUAUACAAAUUGGUUGACGAUAUUACAGAAAAAAAAGAAGUUGAUAAUUGGUUGUGUUCCAUGCCAAGUUAAAAUAUUCUGUGUAAGUUGUAAAUCGUGAUUGGUAUACACACAUACCAUAUUUACACCGACGUGUGUACAUUUCUGCGAAAGCUUGAUUGCCAGAAAAUCAGUUAAAAUUUUGAUUAAAUAACCAGAAUGUUGUUGCAACUAAUUGACAUCGGUGUUUAAAUAAUAGCUUAGAAAAACAUGCGAUGAAAUUCUCUUUGAAAACUUACAGAAACAGGUCGAUUUUUUGUAAGCGUGCACAGAAGAGGAAAUUGUGUCCCUUUUGAAUUUCGAUGGACGUUUUGUUGUUGUUUAGUGUUCGUUCGAAGGGGAUAAUUACAUAACGGAUAUAUAUGAUGAAUUAGCUAGUUGGAUCGAUCAUUCAAUAGACGAUUUGAACGAGAUUUUAUCAGAAGUGAAUGCUGCAAGACCAAGACAAGUGGUUGAUAACAUUUUCUCCCUCUUCAAUGGUUGAUGCUGUGAUCUCGUUUAAAAUUGAGAUCGAAUAAAGUUACACGACAGCGCCAGCAUUACGAAAGAAGCGAAUAAUUACCACCAUCGACGUUAAUAACGGAAACUUAAUAUAAAUUAUCGCUAUAAAAGAGUGAAAAGUUUUUUUUUUCUUCUUCAGAUCGCUUGAUGUUGACGUGUUAACCUAUUAGCCUCAAUAGCUAGUGCAUCGUCAGCUCAAAAAAAAAAAAAAAAAAAAUCCGUGACUCGUAGGCAUCUUUCUAUAACUAAAAAAGUGUUCUAAAAGUGCUUGAAACUCAGAAAAUGAGAUAAAAGUGUUCUCCCAUUAUGCACUUAAUGUCUCGCUGAAUAACGAAAAUCCAUUGUUUAAGUGAACUUUGUGACAGUUUUUUUUGUCACCAAUAUGUGAAUGUUCGUUUAUGUACCAAAUGCAAAUCCCGAAGUGGUUCCAUAUAUAGCCGAUGAAUAUAAUAUACAUUUCAAUUAAAAUGAUGAUAUACUCUAUCCAUAGCGUGAUGCGUUUUUUGCUAUUCUUGGACAAAUGGAAUAUUUAAUCAAAUUUUGAAAAUAAAUAAAAUUAAAAAUAAAAAUUUCGUUUUUGUUCACAAUAUAAUAAACAAAGCCAUGAAUAAAACACAAGCAAAAUUCAUAAAUAAUAAAACCAAAUAUAAUUUAUUUUAUUCGGUAAAAUUACCCGGUUGCAGUGGCAAAAUGAAAUUAUUUAUUCAGCGGGAUAAACACCACGGAAAAUAGUGUUUGCGUAUUCGAAUUUAUAAUUUAUUCAAGACAGAAAAAAAACAAUAACGGCAUGGGAUACUCUUUUUUCAUUCCACUAUAUUAUGAAUAAAUCAUAUUUCUAGGUAGAGAGAUAAAAGAGAGCGAGAGUUAGUGUAUACUGCAAACCAACAAUGACGAAUUCACUUUGAAAUAAACAUUUUUUGUGAAAAAUGUUUCAUCGUUAUUAUGAGUGUGUGUGAGAAUUCCUUUUCGAAAUUGCAUUUUGGAUCAACGCAUCGUAUAUAACCCGAAACAUAAAUAAAUAAAUAAUCUGCAACAAUGAAUAAUAAACCACCGUUACAAGUCUCUGCAUAUAAUUUACCGAGCCCGCCGAGUCCGCCUAUGUGUUUCCCAUCACCGAAAAACAAUAAACGGGACAACAACGUUGGACUGUGCGGUUGCCAACGAGCACCGAAAUCGCACUGUAUUUCGGCAUUUGGUGUAAUAGUAUUAGUACUUGCAUACACAGCAAUGGGAUCAAUUCUAUUUAUGAGUUUGGAAGGUGAGGAUGAGGACAAUAAAACUGUGGAAACUGCUGUAGCUGCAUCAAAACCAUAUCCCCGAUCGGAUUUAGCUAAUGCUGAAAUUAGAACGAAAACGGUGGAUCGACUCUGGUCAAUAACUGAAGAUCUCAAUAUACUCUAUAAGGAAAAUUGGACUCGGCUGGCUGCACAUGAAGUUCAACAGUUCCAGGACUCGUUGUUGCGCGCCGUGAAAACUUCGAAAAUUCAACAAACAGGAGUUCAACCAACUAUAAAGCCACAUAAAUGGUCGUAUGCAUCUGCAUUUUUAUAUUCUCUAACGCUGAUAACGACGAUUGGUUAUGGCGGUAUAUCACCACGUACCCAAUGGGGUAGAAUAGCGGCCUUAGUGUAUGCUCUGUUCGGUAUUCCCAUUGUGCUUUUGUAUUUGUCCGCAAUGGGCGAAGGACUAUCAAGUGCAAUGCGAUGUAUUUUCCGGAAAAUUCGCACGUGUGGUGACGGUAGUAAUAAGACGAUACCUUCUGAAAAUGGGGGAAACGGUGGCAGUGAAAAACGACCGCAUGAAUUUCACGCAAAAUUCAGCAGUAGCUCAAGCAAUUAUUAUCAUUCGCCUAGUGUACCGAUAUCGAUAUGUGUGAUGAUACUCAUUUGUUAUGUGACUUUAGGUGCCGUAUUAUUUCAUAAAAUACAACAUUGGGGCGUAUUGGAGAGCCUUUAUUUUUGCUUUACAUCGCUUGGUACGAUAGGUUUCGGUGAUUUGGCACCGAAGGGAAAUCUCUCACAGUAUGCAGCAUCAGCAUACAUUUUAGUAGGAAUGGCUGUGGUAGCCAUGUGUUUUAGUCUGAUACAAACCGAAUUAAUAAUGUGGCUCCGAAAAUUUGGCGUUCAGGACCAAUUAGCAUCUCCCACCGAAGACGUGGCUCUGGUCACUGUAUCGGUUACACCAAAAUCCUGACUAAGACAGCAACCAGAUUUUCUUGGCGGCACAUACAAUUCGCUGCCACGACGAUCUGGUGCAUUUCAACGUAACACACCGAUUCGACGAUCAGCCGGACCAAUGGAAAACCAUAUGGAAUACUUUGUGCCACGAAGUGUCAGUGAAUUUAAUUUAUCUGGUGUCGGUGACAUUGCUUUACCGCCACCACGGCGGUCACCCUUAUCACAUACUCACACAACCAGCACAAUAUUGUUUCCAAUGCAAAAGCCAAGAGAGAAAAUGGUCACUUUCGAGGAUGAAUCCAAAUGUCCGCACGGUAUACCAACAACACCGAGAAAAGGACAAAUUGUGGGUGACGUGUUUAUGUGACGAGAGGGUGGAUGAGACGAGCCAAUGCAAUACCCCGGAGACAUCAUUAAGGUAUAACCGCAUCAGCUGCAACAAUAUAUACAGUUCACCAUAAAUUUGAAAAUAUCCCAAUCACCAAUACGACCAAUAAAUCAUGAUAGAGAAAAAAAAUGCGAAUCAGCAACGUAACGACUGUGUAAUCAUAAAACAAAACAAAAAAUGUUAAUGAACAGUAUAUACCGUUGGUGAGCGUGAAAAAAAAUUUCAUAAAAAAAACAUGUUAAUACUAUACCACAGCACACCAUACUCACUCAUAUAAUACACAUUAAAUUAUUAAAUGUACCUUUGGGGUAAAAAAAAAAUAAUGAACGUACCACUGCAUCUACCGAAAUAAAUAAAUUAAAAACUUAAUUUCAAUGUAAUACUGCUUGUUGAUCUGAUCAUAAAAUACAUAAUAAAAUAGAAAGGAAACCAGUGCGAUAUAUGUGUUUGUGUAAAGCUCAUGAUAAUGUUUAUAAAAUGAAGUUUUAACAUAAAAAGAAAAAAUUCAGAAAAUAUUUGUGAUAUUGUAGUUAAAUUGAAAAUAUGUUGCAAAUGCUCCACAUUGUUUCAUAUGAUGAGAAAAAUGGAGUGGAGCUUUCUAGUUCGAAAUAUAGAACUUUUUUAAUUAUUUUAUUUUGUAAAUAAUAAUAUUGUGAAAACCCAGGGGGCGGUUGUGGGUUCCAUAUUAUUUUAUUUAUUAUGAAAAGAAGCAUUCGUCAAACGGAUGUCAAUCGGUUCAUUUGAUUUAAUUGCAUUUUCAAUUUGUACAUGAAAACCUUUUAACGUUUUGUUUGUAUGCAUUAUGGACACCACUCACGAGAUAUCAAAUUUUAAAACAAAAUUUAAUUUUCGACCACAGUGAAAAUAUUUGAAAACGAAACUUUCGCCAAAUUAUAAACAGUCACAAUAUUCAGUUUUGAAAUUAACCGAAAUUGGAAUUGCUAAAUGGAAAUUAAAGUUUACCAAAAGUUUAAUCAAUUUACCGAUAUGAAAUUACAUUUUUAACGAUUAGAAAACCAGUUCCACCAAAAAUAGAGUGUCAGAAGCAGAAACAAAUUUCAUUUUCAUCAAAAUUAUUCAAGCCAUCACUUUCAAUAGGGAUAACCUCGUUCCAUUCCACUCCACAGCCUCAUACUAUUCUACAGCAUCAUUGAACCAUUACAACGGCAAAAUUCUUUAAACUCAAAAAUUACAGAAAUUAAAAUCAGCAACGACAAAAAGACCCUUACGUACGUCGCCUGAAUAAUGCAAUUAUAGUUAUACCUUCCACCGUGUGGUAAUAGUACAUUACUAUACCAAUGAAGGAAUUGUAUAUAUCGUAUUCAGAUGAGUAGUCAGAGGUACUUUUACUCAUCGUGAUACGAGAUAUCAAAUUCCUUCACUGGUAUACUACGGCGUUUACUUUACGAGCGAGGGAAAGACUUUUCCCGAGUGAGGGAAAAGGCACAUUCAUUCCCUAGUAAAGUAAAUGCGUUUUUAGUCAGUAGAUGUCUAGAUUGUCACUCGGGACCAAACAACGUUUGUCCAAAAAAAAAAAAAAAAAAACAAUUUAA